AUGGCUCGUAACGGGUCGAGUUCCACAUCUGGCUUCCCUUUACUGGAGGAGGUGUGUAUGGACACCACAGCUGUUUCCUUCAUGACUGACCAAGACUUGACAAAGAUUGUCUACGAUUCCCCUAAACUGUGUGUGCUGGACCUGAGAGGUUGUUCCAGGAUCACAGCAGCCGGGCUCUCUGCUCUACCAUGUGAAGGUACAGUAUAUCCAUACAUACCCAUCCAUUGUUGAUGCUAUGGCCUUUGCACAAACAAUAAAAUGCACGAUUUGGCCAAGUCUGUUGCUACCCUCUUAGUUAGUUAUCAAUGAUUACAUUGAUUCACGUCUACGCUGUAAACUCAUAUGCUGCUAUACUCUCUGCUGUCUUUUUUUAUUAGCGCUUAAGUGUCUGUACUGGGACUGUACUUCAGCAGCAAUGUCACAGUUUCAUUGUCCAAGAAGGGAAUUCACCUACUGAACCAGAAAUGGAGUGGGACCUUGCAGGAGCUAGACCUUCCCAACCAACUCUUCUCUGAAGAUGACAUGGAGAUUGCCAUGGGCUAUCUAGGUCAGGGAACCGAAGCAGACCACCUGCGUAUGCUCAAUCUUAGUGGGACCAAGGUCACGACACCUGCCCUCCAGUAG